AUGGGAGGCUGUGCGAGCAAACCAAAGGAGUUCGAUACUGCCCGCCCUGAGGCUCUCCCAACUGAGUCCACCAGACCCGAGAAAGCAGACCGUGAAGCUGAAACGACUACUGAUAGUACCAACGUUGCAGCUAAUCAAGAGGCGGUGGACACCACCAAUGUAGAAGCAGAAGCACCUCUGGUAGAUCUCUCAGAGCCAAAGGAGAAGGAGGAGGAAGCCGCACCUGUUGUUGUUCCUGCUGCUGCUGCUGAGGCUAAGCCUGAGGCUGCAGCUGCGGCUGAGGUGGCAGCAACUCAGAAACCAAAAGAGGAAAAAGUAGCUGAUCAAGUUGAAGUUGCUGCCAGACAACUAGCCGAGGUCAAUCUUGUUGAGGCUGUGAAGGAGACCAAAGAGAAAGAGCUGCUGCCGGCUCAAGAGAUCAAACCCAAGGCCAAAGAGGAGCAGCCUGCUGCAGCGAUCAAACCCAAGGCCAAGGAGGAGGAGCCUGCUGCAGACAUCAAACCAAAGGCAGCUCCUGCCUCGGAGGGCAAGAAUAAAGAUGCACCUAUUCUCACUGUUUGA